GAUUGAGAAGUUCUAACAAUGUUUGUUAUUAUUAAUGUUUUUAAGUAUUAAUUAUAAAACACACUAGGAAAUAUAUAUUUCACAUAUUUUUUGAAAUAUUUUAAACUGCUAAUUGAAACGUCAUACGAUCCAGAAGUAAUCAAUAAGCGUGCACCUGUUUAUGAUGACAUUUAAAAAUGAUUUUGUCAAGAGCAAAACCAGCUUCUUCAGAAGGAUCAAGAUUAUCUGCAUCACGUACUAAUAUACCAAAGUUAGAAGAAUUUUUAGAAAAACGUGAUUACAUAGGUGCUUUAACUCUUUUAGAAUUUAACAGUACUUCUGGCAGUAAUUUGGAAUCAGAAUUAUGGAUGGGUUAUUGUGCCUUUCAUCUUGGAGACUACAAGCGAGCUCUUACUAUUUAUGAAAAUCUUAAAAAAAAAGAAAAUGUUCUAGUCGAUUUAAUUACAAAUUUAGCAUGUUGUAAUUUUUAUCUUGGGAUGUAUCCGGAAGCACAAAAAUUAUUGGAAGAAGCACCUAAUAGUAAAUUGAAGACAAGACUUUUAUUUCAUUUAGCACACAAAAUGGGUAAUGAAGCAAAAUUGCUGGAGUAUCAUCAAAUGUUACAUGAUGUUUUGGAAGAUCAACUUAGUUUGGCAUCCAUACACUAUCUUAGAGCACAUUACCAGGAGGCUAUUGAUGUUUAUAAACGGAUAUUGCUUGAUAACAGAGAUUAUGUAGCUUUAAAUGUAUAUGUAGCUUUGUGCUACUAUAAGUUAGAUUAUUAUGAUGUUGCACAAGAAGUUCUGCAAGUGUACUUACAAAAAUUUCCAGAUAGUGCAAUUGCAAUCAAUUUGAAAGCUUGUAAUCAUUUUCGUUUAUAUAAUGGUAAUGCUGCACAAGCUGAAAUGAAGCAGCUUAUAGGAAAGAUAUCAAGCUCUUUUAGUUUUGGACAUGAUCUUAUUCGUCAUAACACUGUUGUAUUUCGAAAUGGGGAAGGAGCUUUACAAAUUUUACCAAAUUUAGUAGAUGUUAUACCAGAAGCUCGACUUAAUUUGGUAAUAUAUUAUUUAAAGCAAGAUGAUAUAAAGGAAGCAUAUGAACUUAUUAAAGAUCUUGAACCUGCUGUUCCACAAGAAUACAUUUUAAAGGGCAUAGUAAAUGCUGUAAUGGGUCAGGAAAUAGGUUCUCGUGACAAUAUAAAAACUGCUCAACAAUAUUUUCAAUUGGUGGGUUCUUCUGCAUCAGAAUGUGAUACCAUACCUGGUAGACAAUGUAUGGCAUCUUGCUUUUUCCUUUACCGACAAUUUGAAGAAGUUCUGGUUUAUUUAAACUCAAUUAAAACUUAUUUUUCUAACGAAGAUAAUUUUAAUUUUAAUUAUGCACAAGCACAAUCUGCAGCAGGUUAUUUUAAAGAGGCAGAAGAAGCUUUCUUAAUGAUACACAAUGAAAAAUACAAAAAUGAUUAUAUUUACAUCAGUCUUUUAGCUUAUUGUUAUAUUAUGAAUAAAAAAGCAAAACUUGCAUGGGAGUUAUAUUUAAAAAUGGAUACAUCAACAGAAUCAUUUAAUUUAUUGCAAAUGAUUGCGAAUACUUGUUACAAAGUGGGUGAAUUUUGGUAUGCUGCUAAAGCAUUUGAUAUGUUAGAACGAAUGGAUCCUAGUCCAGAACAUUGGGAGGGUAAACGUGGAGCUUGUUGUGGUACAUUUCAAUAUAUUGUCGCAGAAAAACAACCAACAGAUCUACUUCCUGAAAUAAUUCUUUUGCUUAGAAAUACAUCUAAUUCACAAGUGGAACAAAUUAUUCGUGUUAUGCGUAAAUGGGGUAAAGAUAACAGGAUUAAUUGUUAAUGCUGUGAUGUAUAAUGAUUUAAUAAUCAAUUCCGUCCAUUAA